AUGAUAAAAUAUUCGUGUCUCCGCUGCGAAACCACGGUGCGGGCGGUUAGCAAUCCUAGUUUUUCCAUCGCUACACGUUUGCCGCAUUGCAAAGGCGAGGCUCGAGGCGAUGCUGACGCUCAAAAAGAACAUAGCCGAAGUAGUGACACUUUAGACAGCAGCAGCAGUGAAAAUGAAGAAGAAAAAAAUGCUAGUAGAAAAUAUGAUAUCAGCUUUUUAGAGUUGUCA